AUGGACGAAACCGAGCUGCUACGAAAUAUCUCAACACUUGCGCAUAGGCGAUCCACUUCGAAGGCUGAUGACAAGUCGAUCUGCUUAGCACACCUUCUAGGCGUCGAUGUUGGAGCAAUAGUUCACCUACCGCACCUAAAGAGAAUGGAGAAGAUAUGGGCUUCGUUUCGGACAGUUCCGUUGUCAAUAUUACGACUCAAAUGCCCUCGCCUGACUACACCAGGGCUACGCUGGGCUCCAGAAACAUUAAUUAACGCUCCCAGGAUGAUUGACAGCAGACACCCUGUCGCUAGGCGUGUCGAAUCUGGGCUCAUGUUCAGGGGUCCUGGAUACCAGCUUCCUGGGUUUGUGCUUGACCUUAACGAAGACAACAUAUGCAUCGAAUUAGAUUUUCCUCCAAGCGUCUACCUCCUGGACCACAAACCUGGGCCCACGAAAAUCGAGAAUCCCAUACUGCUUAUUCCUGACUCAAGCUAUGUCGAGCAUCACGAGUUCUUGAAUGCCUAUCUUCCCCAUUGUAAGAGGCACCAUUGCAUUAUUGCAUCCGUGGUUAAGCACAUGCAAAAUCCUGAUCACAUCGAGGUUCGUCACGAACUGGAUAUGCAUCUGGUGUCUCUAGCGGAAUUGCAAGCCAUGAACAUGACUAUCGUAAUUCCCCCGCCACUCAAGUUUACGGUGCUUACAACUCAAGAUGAUGGUUCCGAAAGUGAUCCUAUGUGGCUCCUAAUAUGA